AUGGCCGCGUUCUACAUUUACCCGGAUGCAGCCAUGGACCAGAGCACGACGGUGCUGGAGUGCCGCCCCUUGUGGUCCUUCGACGACCAGUCCGCUGAAGUUGCCAUGUUGGCUCUCCUGCGUCAGCACCCUGCCCGCGUCACCGACCCCGAGGCUGCCACACUUUUCGUCGUGCCGCUGAUGCCUUAUGUAAGCAGUGGAGCGGGGGAGUGCAUGGGAGAGAGCCACCAACGGCGCAUGUCGCGUGCCGCCUCCGCGUUGCGAAAGAGUCCGUUCCUCUCGCGCCGCGGCGGCCACGACCACCUCCUGAUCACAAACACCUUCCGCGUCAAAACGUUCGCUCCGUGGCUCAAGCCAUUGCUCGGCAACGCCACUAUAGCCUGGUUCGAGCAGCCGAGGCUUGCCACUGGCGAGCGGCGUCCGGGUGUGCUCUACUCCCUCGCCUUCUGGCGUUGCACGGUGGUCAUCCCGUAUCUGGCCAACCCGUUCUGCGCACAGCAGCGUGCAGCGGCGCCAGAAGAGGCGCAUCCCUCGUCUGGCGGCGCCGUGGAGGCUGGCGCCUCAUUAUCCGCCCAGCGUGCGCGCCGCCACGUCCGUGCGCCUGGCUCCGUCUUCUUCCAGGGAUCUUUUAGUGCGGCAUCCUACCUGCGCGGACGAUUCGCAUCAUUGCAGGACUUGCCCGGGGCGCACGUACAGGACGUGCCGCGAGGAUGCAGCGAGUCGCAGAAUGCAUCUCUUCGCCCAGAGUGUGCCGCUUCGAGGCUACGUGGCUCACCCUUGCACACAGCGCGUGGCAUGCUCAGCCACGAGUUCUGCUUGGUACCGAGGGGUGACACUCCCUCCAGUGGGAGGCUGUAUGCAGCGCUGGCUUGCCGCUGCGUGCCGCUGCUGAUUGCAAACAGGUUUGCGGAGCAUUUCGCCUUCCCCACUCGCGGUCGAUACGACGAGUGGGUUGUCAGCGUGCCGGAAGGCGAAUUCAUGCGAUCGCCGCGUGCCAGCAUCGAGGGCGCCAUCCAUCAAGCGCGUCCUCAGCUGACGCGCAUUCGCAGCGCAAUGGAGGCGGCAGGUGUGGAGCUGCUGUACGACGCAGCCGGCUCACGAGCUGCGGACAACAUGCUGCGCGACUGGAGUGCAAGUUGCGCGACCGGAGGCUAG